AUGGGAUUUGUAUUCAUCUCCAUGAUAAACCCAGAGGGAAGCCCCUUGGAUAUUCCAGUGGAUGUAUCUGUACACCCAAGCAAACUAUUCAAGGAAGGAUUUAGAAGCCUGAAAGAAGGAGAACCAGUGGAAUUUACGUUUAAAAAAUCCUCCAAAGGCCUUGAAUCAAUAAGGGUAACAGGACCUGGUGGGAGGCCCUGUUUAGGAAGUGAAAGAAGACCCAAAGGGAAGAUGCUACAGCAAAGCAAAGCAAAGGGAGAUAGAUGCUACAACUGUGGCGGCCUUGAUCAUCACGCAAAGGAAUGUAGCCUACCUCCUCAGCCAAAAAAGUGCCAUUACUGUCAGAGCGUCAUGCACAUGGUGGCAAACUGCCUGCAUAAAACUAUCGCACAGCUGCCUGCCAGUUCUCAGGGAAGACAGGAAGCAGAAUCCCAGCCAUGUACAUCAGUCUCCCCUAGAGAAGCUGGGAAAGGGCAUGGCUGCACAUCACCUGCUUCCUCAGGCUAG